AUGCCCGUCAACCAUGUUGUGCUCGCCUCGGGCGCCGUCGUGGCCGUGUCGGUAGCUCUCGCUGCCGCCAUGGCCAUGUAUGAGAACCCGGAAUUACGACGGUACGCAGACGAUAUUCGACGCCGCAUCGCUGUGGCCCUUCGCUCGUUGGGUGACGGCAUCAACCCACCCGAGCGGGCCCCACGGUUCAACAGACCCGAGGAUGCGGAUGGCUUCCUGCAGUCGAGUCGUGGCGCCGGUGCAGAGCCCGGUGUCGACGCUGACGAGGCCACUCGUCGCCGACAACGCGAGGAGUUGCUGUAUUGGAACUCGGUGCUGCUGAAGAAGAAGGAAGACGAAUCCGCCCCCCGACUGCCGCCCGCUCUGCCUCUGGCCGAAUCGUGGAGAGCCCGGACGGGAACCUGUGCGUCGUCAUUUGAUGAUUUUCUUCGACAGGAUGAGAAUGCCGAACAAGGCACGUACGUCUUCAAUACCGGAGCCGAUAUUCGCGAUUCGCAGAGCAAUCCUCGUCACCGGGCGCCAGCUGCCGCGCCUGCGGCAGCGCCUGCGGCAGCAUCGGCGUCGCUCUAUGCAAACCCCUUCGCCGACGAGCACUGUAUUGCAAACGACCAAGCCGAGUACCUCUCCGCAGCGUAUGCCCUCCCACCAAGACAAGAGCACAUGUCAGAUAUCUACAGCGCAACGACCCGCGAGAACGACGACGUCCAAUCUCGCACGUUGGACAGCUCUCCUGCACUUAUUGAACUAUCAGUCCCCGGUUUCGGGGAGCUCCAUCAGCAGCUCUCGUCGGCGCCAUCGCCACCACCAACACUCGAGCGACACCUCGCCCAGAAUGAAUACAUGUCUGCUGGCCAGGACGACAGGCAAGAUGCUUACGCCUCCAUCCAGGCCUGGGCUCACGACUCUAGUCGGAAUUUUUACUCGCCCCUGCCAGAGACGCCUGUUGCUCCGGUUUCUGAGCCAGAGAUUGUCAGUGACGGGCAGUUGACGCCUACGGAUUCGGUGUCCAUCAUAGGGUCAGGAGAAGAUGCCGGCAACGACGGCAGACGGGAGAGACCAUUUGACGUCAUGAGUGAAAGCGAGGGCAUGCUGACACCAGCCAGUUGGUCAGAGGUUGGGAGUGUUGUCAGCGAGACUGAAGGUCAUGGCCACGACGGUGCGAAUCUCUCUCUCCAUGGGUAA